AGUUUGAACCCAUUUUAUUUUAGAAUGGCUGACGAUUAAAACUAAUUAACUGUUCCGUGUUGUCGGAAUUCGCUUUAUUAUAAAUUAUCCACUGAGACAUUUCUAAGUAUCUAACGGCAACGGCAAUGGACAGCCCGGAAAACGAGCUUGAUAAGAAGUUACUUGCGUUGGUUUGGGGAGAGAAUAUGUCUGAUACUAUAUUCCAGAGGUGGUCACAAGGAUUUGAAUGGAGUCCCGAUGAAAAAUGCGCGUUGGUCCAACAUGCAGGAGGACCAUGCGCUGUUAUUGCUCCAAUGCAAGGAUUUCUUCUCAAAAAUAUUUUGUUUAAAAUUGACGGAAAUGAAAAUCUACCAAGCUUAACCAACCAAGAUAUGUCGAAUAUUUCAGAUGCGCAAAGAACCGACUUUUUCGUGGACGCACUUUGCGAAGUUUUAACCCAAUUUGAAACGGAACGUUGGGUUAUUUGUAAACAGAGUCUUCAUGGAAAAGCAACUAAAAACCAAGAACAAGAGUUGUUGCGUAACGAAGAAUCCUCUUCAAGGACCGAGAUCUUAGAAGACGUGGAGAAUCUUUCACUUUGUUUAUUCCAUCGUAGCAUAAGAUUGACGCACUGUACAAGUAAAGAAAUGCUCAAAUCAAAUAUAAAGGAAAAUAUUUCAGAGUUUUACUCCAGUUUUGGAGUGGUUAAGUUGCUUUAUUCAAUUAUUUUAUCCAAGGGAAUAAAUAAUGUUUUAAACGAGAUGGACAAUCCUGAGAUGUCACUUGUGGAUCCAAUACAUGGCCAUGGAAGUCAGAAUUUAAUCAAUUUGAUGAUUUGCGGACAAGCGGUGUCGAAUGUGUUUGACGGGGAUCGGGACGUGGCUGGUCUAAAACUCCGAGGAAUCACGAACCAAGUCAAGAUCGGUUUCCUCACCUUGCUUGAACAACUUCGUUAUCUAAAAGUUGGAAAUCUACUUAAGCGUCCCGUGUUCCCCAUAUGGUUGGUUGGUAGUGAGACCCAUCUUUCCCUCGUGUAUUCACUCGAUACAACAUUAGUAGCUGAAGACACCGCGCUACAAAAAGCACACAAGGUGUUUGAUAAGUUUGACCCAGAAGACAAUGGGUUUAUCCCAUGUGAUUUACUCAAAGAUAUGAUGGAAGAAUUGGAGUUGGUGUGCGACCCAGAGUAUGUUAAGAUAAUGAUUGGGAAUCUUGACCCCGAGGAGCUUGGCGUCGUCAUCCGGACAAAAUUCUUCCAAGAGUUUUAUAAUAACGAGACAGAAGCAAAACCGCUCAAUUUCAAUCUCUUGCAUUACAAUGGUCUCACGCAAUCGUCAAGUGACGGCAAGGUUCGGUUUCGGCGUGGAACUGCCCGUCAGAUAGACUGGCAAGAAGGAUGCACGAAAAGCCACGACUCGCAGAUAGAGAGUUGUUUACAUACACGUUGGCCGGGACUUUGGAUAAGCUGGGACGAUGGGAAAGCCCCUUCGUUAAACUAAAGUUCCACGUUCCGCAUGUGUUAUUACCCGCUAAUAUGUUGUUGAUGGUCAACAGCGAACGUGCAUGUUUGCUUCCAAUCUUCACUGCAUAUUUAAACAUCUCUUUCGUUCAUUAUCUUUAACAAGUUCAUCUGUUGAAAGUGA